CAUUUGAAGCUGAAUCGACAAGCCGCCUAAACUGUAUCUAGAACGUGAUCGGAUUGUGACUACAAAGCCUGCGUUCGUAUUGAUCCAAAUGCGCCGAGCAAGGUGCCCGCUAUUUCUGAGAUCACACAUCCGUAUCCUGUUUUAGGGCACAUGUUACUGAGGCAGCAGCCCCAAACGUGUUUUAAAUCAGUUGUGGCGUCUUCAAUAGGUUCCGGUGCAAAGGAACAUCUCUUGCGUUAUGCGUAAAUCAUUUGAUGAGACUGGGUCAGAUUAAGAACAGGCUUGCAAGAUAUUCGCGGAAAGAACGGGAGAUGGUGAUUUGCCUCGACGGCUAACCUGUAAACACAACGUAAUAUCAUCCACAGACUGCGCGAAGUGUUUUUCCACAUCGGCUCCACACUCGGACCGCAGUUCACAGACAACUGGAGGACGCUCUGUUUGUGUGAAUGUUUAGAUUCCACCCCACUAGGCACACUUAUUCACACUGGAAUACUGGCCCAAGGCCGUGAAUAUAUGCUAUAUCUCGUCCUUUGAAUUAUUCCAGCGAUUUAGCGGUUAGGCCCAGCUAUGUGCAUGAAUAUGUAGAGGUGACUAGCAACACGAGGUGGGCCGCUACUGUAGCUAUGUCAAGGUGACGAGAAUGGGUAGCCACAUAAUUAUUCUCUUCUCAGCUGUUCUUGUCGAAAUAGUUGAGGGGAAACAAUGCUGGCACAGCAACAAAGGGCGGACCCAGGUGUUCUUCUGCGCAGACAACCAGAUAUGUUGUGGUCAGACAUGCUGCAGCCUGGAUCAAGCCUUCUACAAGCUGUGGUACUUCUGGUUGACUGUGCUACUACUGUUGUUGCUUUGCGCUGCCGGCAUCUACUGGAUCAGACGGAACUACAUCUACCACAAGCUCCUGGCACUGUCCGCCUGGAACUCCCAACACCUCGUUUCAUCCUUACAUCCAGGCAAUGUGACCACGCCCCCACAAAAGACCACGCGUCCUGAUGUCCAGAGUGAGGUUAUACAUUUACCGCCGUACACCCCUCAAGUGAAACCUCCUGCAUAUACGGAAUACGACGUAGAAAGACCCCCGUUAUACAGCAGCAGCGAUAUUGUUAAUGGGGAGAAAGCCUGCUUGGUGGAACAGCUAAGCGAAUAACGAAUGUUAUUCAAAAUUACCUUCUUGGUGUUGAAAUCAGAUUUGAGAAUUGCAGAAGAGGUCUACAAGUCAGUUUCGUGACUCUAAAUGGAUCAAUCAUUUGAACAUUUUCAUGGGAGGCAGUGUGUUUGUUGGAAAAGCAUAACAUGCGAUACUAUGAGGCCCGGAUCGAAGACACGUCUUCGUCUGGCACUGGCAUUUGGUGCAGACAUCGUGAAAUCCCACGAGACUGAAAUAUCAAUAUCAGCAUUUAAUCAAUCAGGGGCUGUCUAAUACCUACUGAUCUUCUGAAUGCAAUACGUGUCAUUGUAUGCUAAAGUCUGUACUGGAAGCUUCCAUGGGAUUCGAACUCAAUCAAGUCACUCAAAUCUACUUUUUUAAAUCUACUAUUUGAUUUUACUUUUCCGGAAUGUCUGAUGGUCAUAUUGAAUGUCGUCAUUGUUUGUUAUUUUUUGUACUUCAUAAUAUACAAGAGUUUGAAAUGUUCAUCAGACACGUUUUAACAUGAAACGUAUGCAGUGGGUGUCGCACUAAUGGUAGACAUCGAACGAUCAUUACAAGCGCUGCUUAAUUCUCGAACGAGGCUGAAAUGGUUGUGGUUUUUUUAAUGUCAUUGAUUUUUUUCUACACAAACGUCAACUGGAAUUUAUAACAAUGGUGUCGUGACCGUAAAGGAAAUUCCAGUCGGGUAAUGAGGUCACGUGGUACUUUAUGUCUUCCAGCCUUUGAAUAUUGCUCGAUGGCUUCCCGUAAUUCCGCUCCUGGAAGCUGUUCCAAAACUCACCAUUCCAACCAUCUCACAAGAAUGAGUGGUGAAUUGCGUUAAACGCCGUUUUGAACAGUAGUUCAGUUAUAUCAUGGUAUGUCAUAAUGUGGUAGGACUUUUGAAAGCCCGAAGCGAUGCAAGUCUUUUACGUUUGCCACUUUUGCGAAACCCAGAAGCUCGGGUAUGGCGAAGAAACAACAAGACUCAUUCAUGAUCAGAGCGAAACAGGAAUUGAACUCACGACUUUUGGGUUCUGAUGCACCAGGGAAUCAAAUGCAGGGCCUUAGUGAAGUGGGAAUUACACAUUUUAAUAUAUACUGAAACUGUUUGAAAACGCAUCGUUGAUUUUGAAUCCAAAGUAACACGUGUCUGGAAGCUUACACAGAAUGUAUGAGGAUUCAAACUCAGACAAGAUUAUUGCAAUGGUACCUCAUUACCACAUAUCAAUUUCUUUGUUUUCGGUAAGUGCGCUGACCGUAAUUAUUUCCAAAUUCCACUCUGCGUGUUUUCAUAGUGUCAGUUUUGGUUUAUUUUAAAAUAUCUGAUGACAUGGUUUCUGCUUUUAGUUAGUUUUUUAGCUGGAUUGUUUCUCCGUCUCAUGUUGUCACCCAUGUUGUGUUUUCUAUAUUUGUUGUUUAACGCAUCGAUUAUCUUCCGACACAGUAUCUGAUUAUUCAUAAGGACAAGAGUAAGGGAUUUCUUUCUUUUAUGUAUAUAGUAUAAACCAUAAGGACGAGACAAUGCCAAGAAGCCAGCAUGUCUUUAUUGCUGUGAUUUCCUUGAUACAAAUUGUGCAAUGUAUAAACAAUCUUCAAUUCGAUUACGUGUUUGCAUUGAGAUAAAUGGUCGUAGGGUACUUAAACUUCUUUUUACCUAUACUUCUCAAACGAAGUUAAGGUCCACACUAUUCUUUCAUAUUACCAUAGUUAAUAUAUCAUGGUAUGAACCUUGUCAAAUUAACUAUGGUAAUAUGAAAAUAUCAGGUAGUGCUUAACUUCUCUUGAGUAGUAUAGUUGCGAUACAAGGGGGAUGGGUAUUCUUAUUUAAGUUUACUGUUAUUGUCGUAUACGUAUGUGAAAUGUACAUGCUGUGUAAAAUACAGUGCCUGUAUUGCCAAACCUCGAUUGUCCAGUGUAUAAUAUCAGUUCUAUUGCAGUAAAUUACAUAGUGUGUCACAUCUUCCCGAGGCAAGGGAGUUAACUGACUAUAAAAGUCCAGUUUCCACCCUUGCCGAACUAGACUGGUAUUAUGGAGUUACAUUUUGGCUGGACUAACGAGUCUAUGCAUAGUCCAAUCAA